CCCCGGUCGCCCCGAUGGCCCCGAUGGCUCCCGUCACUCCCGUUGCCCCCGUCGCCUCCAUCGCUCUGGCAAACGGCACCAGUCAGCAGCGCCAGAGCUCAAGAGCCGCAGCAUCACCCUCAAGACAUCGACUGCCCUCUGAGCGGCCUGCUCCCAGGGUCCAAGGCUUCCGUCCCAUAAACGGAAGACAUCGGAUUCUGGCUCCUGCGGCGGCGGCGGCCGCCCAACAACCACAGUCCCCAGGCCCGCAGAAGAAGCAAGGGGAAAAGGUGCUGUGUGUCUGCACCCUCUGCACGUCAGGUGGAGCUGCAGGAAAGUUGGUGUCAAACAAGACCAAGCACGAGCACGAGCAUGGGGACCGGAUCAACAGGGAAGGGAAGUCUGUUGACGGCGAUGAGAGAUGCCAGGGGUGUGUCAGAAAGGGCGAUGCCCGCUGUGUCCGCUGGGAGGGAAAUUCCAAGGUAUGCGGUAACUGUGCCCGUAUCAAAGAAAAGUGCUCGUGGAAUGGAGAGUCGGCGAGGAAAAGGGAUGCGAUCAAGCGCCGAAACCGGGCUGAGCGCGCUGCGAGGCUCGCACAACGUCAUGCCGAGACGCCUCUUCCCGACGGCAUUACCAACGGCCAACACGAUGCGGCGCAGCAGCCCUCUCCCAACCAGGGAGAGCCGUGUGCUGGCCAACAAUGUCCUGGUGGCAGGGAGAAGGCUCGGAGCGCCACGCCGAGCCCGACGUCGAGUAGCAGCCGGACGGCUGAAAAUGCCUCCAACUCAUCCCCUACUCGCAAGUAACGACGGAUUAAAUCGCAAUCUUGAACUUGCUGAGGUUUCAUCGGGUCUCGAGAUGACUUGAGAGGGAAAGUUUGGA